AUGUCCAGCCCCAGUAGGCGCCAUCGCGUCGUCCUGCUGCUUACACUCACUCUGCUGGCAACGUUAUCGGCUGCAGUCCCCGGCAAGAAAAACGGCACCGCGACAAUCUCGGAUUCUGGGUUAAACGGUAAGCUGAGAGACAACCAGCGGCGCUUGAGGACUCGUGCUCAUGCGGAAGAGCGAGGGUUCAGCGUCACGGCGCUGGCUGAAGCUAUGUCCAAGAAACCGAGCAACCAGAAGCAAGUCACCCAGCUCUUCACCAACUGGUUCAACAGAGUGGAGAAGGGGUAUUCGAAGGCCAACAUGAAUUCCGAGCAGGCCACCAAGGCUAUUGUGUCAACUCUGGCCGCUAAAUACAGUGAUGAGAGGCUCGUGGAGAUGAUGGUGGCGGCGAAGAAAGUCUCGUCGACAAAGAAGAUGGCUACCAAACUGGAGGCUGCACAGAUGCAGAACUGGUUGAGUAACAAAGUCAGCGCAGACGACGCGUUCCAGUUUUUGAAGCUUGACCUGAAGCGGUCCAGUGUCCUAGAGAGCCCGCAACUGAAAAACUGGAUCAACUACAUGGAUAUGAGGAAGGAUGAUCCGUACAAGUGGCUGCUCGAAGGACUGCUAAAGCUCGACGAUAAUAGCGCUAUUCGAACCGCGGGUAUGCUGGGUGCAACUAAGCAGAAUUCUGCUGCGUCCCCUAUAGCUCAAAACGUGGAGGAUUUGCUGCUGCAAAGCUGGAUGCCCAACACCGCCGAUGACAUUUUCAAGCGCCUAGCACUGAACAAGCAGGGCGAACAAUUGUUCGAGAACCCGGCGAUUGUUACCAGGGCCGCCUUUGCGACAAAACUGGACAAGCAGAAUGCUGGCGAGUCGAUGUUGUCGGUACUGAAGGCAACAUACAGGGAUGAAGUUCUUUUGUCUCGGAUGCUGGCUGCAGCGAAGGAGCGUGACAGUACCAAGACUAUUGCCACGAACCUCGAGAAGGCUCAGUUCAAGGACUGGAGCAGCACUGGCAAGUCCACAGAUGACGUGUUCGAUCUCUUGAAGCUGGACAGGCAAACGGACAGCAUGGAUGAGCUGUUGAAGAGCCCGUUGUUGGGCACCUGA